GUUAUCUCUGAGCUUCGAUUAUAGAGAAUACUGUCAAACACUUCGCAGAAAAAGUGGCGUUAACAAUCUAUGAGAUAAAGAAAUGUAUCAUAGCGGAUACUUGAGUCAGUCCAUCUCCCAUCGUUUAAACGCGCAGAACAAUUUCAUCGUCUUAUGAAAAAAGCUUGUGUAAUUACUCCUGACAAUUACCAAAUAGGCUCGAAAAUACAUCUGCAUCGACUCUUCGAAAAUGGGCAGCAAUGCGUCGAUCCUCACCGAGCACAGAAUCUUCACGAUUCAUUCGAAUAAUGACCCAUCAAUCACAAUUUAUCCACGCAAUAGAAUUAAAUCUAAUAAGUACACAGUUUGGAAUUUCAUCCCGAAGAAUCUCUUCGAGCAGUUCCGGAGGGUAGCUAAUUUCUAUUUCCUCGUGACUGGGAUAAUUGCUGUGUCAAUUGAAUCUCCGGUGUCUCCUCUGACGACAUUUCUACCUCUUCUCUUCGUGAUUCUUGUGACAGCUGGCAAACAGGGCUACGAGGAUUUUCAGAGGAAACGCUCAGAUGAUCGGGUCAAUUGCACUCCAGUUACAGUAAUCAGGAAUAAAUGCGUCCAGGUGAUCCAUUGUGAACAAAUUGUUGUUGGGGACUUGGUCAAAGUCUGCAGGGAUGAAGAAGUCCCCUGUGAUCUCAUUUUGCUGCACAGUAGUGAAUCCAAUGGUUGCUGUUACGUAACAACUUCUAAUCUGGAUGGAGAAACCAAUUUAAAGACUAUUCAAGUGCCAAAAUUAACACUUCGUAAAUCUCUGGAGGAGGUGAUCGUGAUGGAAGCUACUGUAACGUGUCAGCAUCCUCUUGCCAAUUUGUACGAAUUCUUUGGGAACAUUGAGGCGAAAUUCAGUGAUGAGUUCCUCGCGGGAUCUUUGACAAUUGACAAUGUACUUCUCCGAGGCUCGCGGUUGAAAAACACGGACUUUGUCAUUGGAACAGCAGUUUACACUGGAAGAGACACGAAAUUAUCACGAAACGCUAAAAAUAACCAGAAUAAAUUUUCCACUGUUGAAAAAUCGAUCAACAAUUAUUUGAUUUUCUUCAUCUUCGUGAUGGUGUUUGAGAUCAUGGCUUCAACACUCCUCAAGGAAUUCAUCGAAGUUAAUGAGGAGUGGCGAAGCUACCUCGGUGAAUUCGAAACCGUUAAUUUUUCGAAACUACUGAAUAACAUCUUGACAUUUACAGUAUUAUACAAUUAUCUGGUACCCAUAUCUCUGUAUGUGACAAUUGAACUCCAGAAAUUCCUUGGCUCAUAUUUUUUUCGAUGGGACAAGGAAAUGGACGAUGACAGGGAGAAUCUUCAUCCACUGGUGAAUACUUCUGACUUGAAUGAAGAGCUGGGGCAAGUGGAGUAUCUAUUCACUGAUAAAACUGGAACUCUCACGGAGAAUUUAAUGGUAUUUCGACGAUGCUCGAUCGAUGGCAAGAUGUAUUUAGAAAAAGAUUGUAAUGGGAAACUGUAUUCCAUUCCUGAAAACGGCGAUGAGAGGGAGGCAGUGAAAAUUCAGACUUGGCCGACUGAAAUUUGGCACUUUAUGAUUGCCAUUUCACUUUGCCAUUCCGUUCACGUCGCGCCCCGGGUCCUUAUGCAGAGCAUCGCAGCGAAACGAACAGCUUUCCGAGAGAGUUUCAGGCAGCGAUCGAUUACAAGAGUCAAUAGUUCUCUCCUGAUGGAUCCAACAUUACCAGAGUAUCAGGCUGCUUCGGCUGAUGAAAAAGCACUGGUGGAAGCGACAGCAAGAUGUGGUGUUGUUCUGACGAAAUACAGUGGAGAUGAAAUGGAACUCAAAAUUGGAGAAAAAAUUCUCUUCUUCACGAAGUUAGAAACGUUGGAAUUUACGUCAGACAGAAAAAGAAUGUCAGUAAUCGUUGAAGAUUCGGUUGGAGAUCUCUGGUUGUACAGCAAGGGAGCAGAUGCACAAAUGUUGUCUCUGAUUGCCGAUGGGAAGAUUGCAGAGGCUGAAAGUCACUUGGCAGAUUUUUCCAAGAGAGGACUCAGGACACUCGUUGUGGCCUACAAAAAAUUAACAAUUGCAGAAUAUGAUAAAUUAUCGAGAGCAAUUGAACAAGCAAGACAAAUAAUUGGAGCUGAUCGUGCGCAACGGAUAGACAAAGCUUACCAUUUGAUUGAGAAUAAUUUAACAUUGCUUGGAGCUACUGGGGUUGAAGAUCGGCUACAGGAGGGGGUGGAAGAGACUCUGGAGGCUUUGAGGGUAGCAGGAAUCAAAGUCUGGGUUUUAACUGGAGAUAAAGCAGAGACUGCGGAGAACAUAGCAUUUUCAUGUGGACACUUCAAAAGUGGAACUGAUGUCUUAAAACUCAUGGGCAAAAUCACAAUCCAAAUGUGUUUCAUUACGUUGACUAGUUUCGAGCGAAGACUGAAAUUAGAACCUUGUAAGCAGUAUGGUUUGUUGAUGGAUGGAUCUAGUCUAACAAUUGCAAUAAAACAUUGCCCCGAGCUUUUGAGAAUUGUGGCGAUGUCCUGUGAUGCUGUCGUCUGCUGUAGAAUGUCUCCACUUCAAAAAUCCGAAAUUGUUCAUUUAGUGAAGAACGCCAAAAAACGUCCACUGACUGCGGCCAUUGGCGAUGGGGGCAAUGACGUCUCUAUGAUCCAGGAAGCCCAUGUGGGACUUGGAAUUAUGGGGAAAGAGGGGAGACAAGCCACGAUGAGUGCGGAUUUCGCAUUCUCAAAAUUCAUGCAUCUCCAAAAAGCACUGCUGGUCCAUGGACACUGGUACUACAUCAGGCUCAGUAUUUUAACGCAGUAUUUCUUCUACAAAAAUAUCGUUUUCAUAACUCCACAGCUGUUAUUCGGAUUUCACAGUGGAUUUUCGUCUCAGGCUCUCUAUUCUAGUAUUUUUCUCAUGGGAUUCAAUUUAUUUUUUACGUCCCUCCCUGUUCUCAUGUUCGGCCUAUUCGAGCAAGAUUACACAGCAGAAACGUUAAAACGUUUUUCCCAGUAUUAUCUACUAAAUAAGAAGAACUACCUGUUGUCUAUCUAUCAAACAAUCAUUUGGUUAUUAACAGCUGUGUGGCACACAUGUGUGAUUUAUUUUUCUGUCUACUUUUUUUGGCGAACAAAUCCUGUAAAUCUUUACGACAACACCGACGCUGGUUACGAUGGAUUUGGAACUUGUAUUUUUCACAUGGUUACUCUAGUCACGAAUUUACAGAUUCUUUUGCGGAGUUAUUUCUGGACCGUUCCGUUUGUUGGGAGUAUUGUUUUCUCAGAGUUUGCGUUCUUCGUAAUUACAAGUCUAUAUUCGUCUUUAAAUCCGCCAUUCAGUGGAGGAAUGUACUGGGUCUUUCACAAACUCUAUCUAUCUCCAUCCUUUUGGCUUUUAACAAUGAUUAUCGUGCCAAUUUGUCUUGUACCCACUUGUUUCGUCGCUGUGUACGACAGAUCGCGACCGAUAAAAUUGAGUUACCAGAAUGAAAGGGAAGAAAAUCUUCAGGAUAAUUACAGUGAAUGGAGUGUACCAUCGACAGAAGAAAGGAGAUUUAACUUCGUUCCAUGGCGUGGAAAUUUCUCCUUCAGAAUAGCUUCGUGAAUCCAGAUUCUGGAACUAAACUCAUCAUUCUUGGCUUAACUUCAUCUUCAGACUCAGCAAGGCGGAUCGAAGUGCAUGAAGUGAAGGAGAGGAGGAAAGGGAGGAAUAAACGUCAAUGUGGCCGGGUUGAACAUUGUGGAAAUGGACGACGCAGACGCCGAGAAAAUCCACCGUUCUAUCAGUUGGCUACAAACUGUGAGAACUUGAACACGCGGAAUCAGUCUGUGCACCAACAAUCCACAUAUCAGCGACCCACCCCCCAGCAUUCGGUGGCAAUACCUCGGUUUAUGUUGUAUCUACGAAAAAAUUACAACCGGUGUAAUUUACCGGAUCCCAACAACUGCGUUCCCCGUUGUAAUUAAAUUCUCAUAAAUAUCAUUGAAUGAAUCGAAGCUUCGGAAAUUCCCUCAGUAGCACGUGAAAUGGAAAUCACAGACCAAACGAGUGCAAAGUGCUAUUCACUUGGAUUAUAAUUUUCUUCAUGUUUGUAUUUUCAUUUCGUUUUCCAACGGGAGACCUCGAGUUCAUUGGAAAACUUCA